GUUUUUUUGAAAAACUCGAAGCAAGAAGGGAAAGCAAUGGCGGAGAGCAUUGGCAGAGCGAUCUCGGCGGUGCUCCGGCCAACGCCGACGAAUGCGCGCGCGGCACCUAAUCUACUCCGCCCUGCGCGUCGCUCUGUGGCGUUCCCAGUUAUCCGCGCGAUGUCCUCCUUGUCCUCUGGUGCCAGUUUUGAGGAAUCGGUGAAGAAGACAGUGAAAGAUCACCCCGUCGUUGUCUACUCCAAGACUUGGUGCCCGUAUUCGAUGGAAGUCAAGGCUUUGCUUGAUAGGCUUGGAGUGGAACCCCAUGUCAUCGAAUUGGACGAGCUAGGUUCUCAAGGAAGCGAACUGCAAGAUGCUCUGGGAACUGUGACAGGGCAAUUCACUGUUCCAAAUGUUUUUAUUGGUGGCAAGCAUAUCGGUGGAUGUACAGAUACCUUUGACCUCCACCGGAAAGGAGAGCUCACUAAUCUACUCGGGGAGUUAAACCUCAGCAAUGAGAACUCCGACCAGCCUUGACGCACCUUUAUGAUGUUAUGAUCUCGGCGUAUUUGAACUUGUUUCAUUCGUAAUGCAGUGGGUGAUAUAUAUAUAUUUCUUUGUAAGUCUUUUUUUGGAUAAAUAUGAACAAGUCGUGAAUCCGAUAUUUGAACUAUUGAACUUUUGAUGUU